GUGUAUCGAGGACACUCCAAAGUCCAUGCUUACCCUUUAGUCAAACUUUAGUAUCUUGAAUUUAGUUUCCAGAUUUAUCUAAAGACCCUAGUAUCUAGUUUCCUUUCAUCAAGGAGAUUGAGGUCAUUUUUUCAAAGCAAAAGAAGGGCUCCCUGAUUUCCUCCAUUCUGCAACAAUCCCCAGAAAGAGGAGAAGACAAAAGAAACUAGGAAAAGGAAAAGAAUCAUGUUCACUUACAAACCCAGUUUUCCAAACCUUUCAUUAUCUCAAAUGGGUACCCUUAAAUUCACGGUUCUCUACUUGAUUCUACUGCUAUCAUCCAAGGUUACUUCCAAUGUAGGGGAAUGGCAGUCUGCUACUGCAACAUAUACCAAAGAAAUAGAUGGGUCAAUCAUUACAGAAGGUGCCUGUGGUUAUGGGGAUCUUCACAAGAUAAGCUAUGGAAAGUAUAGUGCAGGACUCAGUACCAUGUUAUUCAACAAGGGGAGUACAUGUGGAGCUUGUUUUGAGAUCAGAUGUGUUGAUCACAUCUUGUGGUGCCUGCAAGGAAGCCCUUCAGUUAUCCUCACUGCCACAGAUUUCUGUCCUCCAAACUAUGGCCUGUCAGCAGAUUAUGGUGGUUGGUGCAAUUUCCCAAAAGAACACUUUGAGAUGUCCAAGGCAGCAUUUUCUGAAAUAGCAGAGCUAAGAGCUGAUAUUGUGCCAAUUCAGUACAAGAGGGUGAAUUGUGAAAGAGCAGGAAGGUUAAGAUUCACCAUGAGUGGGAGUUCUCACUUUUAUCAAGCUCUGAUAACCAAUGUGGGAUUGGAUGGUGAAGUGGUUGCCGUGAAAGUGAAGGGAUCAAAAACAGGGUGGAUACCUAUGGCAAGGAAUUGGGGCCAAAUCUGGCAAUGCAAUGUCAACCUUACAGGACAACCACUAUCUUUUGAGGUGACCACCAGCAAUGGAAAGGCACUCACAUCUUACAAUGUUGCUCCAGCAAAUUGGCAGUUUGGCCAGACGUACGAAGGAAAACAGUUCAAGUAAGCAAGACUUUUAAAGUUGAAUAUGGAAAAUUGAGAGAGAUGAUUCUGAUAAUUUCAUCUCUCCAUGGCUGGAAACUUGGAGCUAAUCAUUAUUUAGAUCUCAGCUUAAGUUAUGCACAAAUUCACACUUUACUCUUUCUUGGCCUUUUGUUUUGAUAUGGACCAUAAGGUUCAUGUAAUGGUCAAACGAAGAGCAAGUAGUAGAAAGAGAAAUGGAAAAUGUAGGAACCGAAGGUCCCACUUUUGUC